AUGACGUUCCCCGUGCAUACGCUGUCCACCUUGCUCUCCAUGCAGGCAGUAGAGGAACACAAGCCAAAGACCUCCAAGGUAUCCUGGUUAGCGGACGUCCUCGUCUUCCGCGCAAGUAUCAUACCUAUGAUCUUGAAGCCUGUGCUUUGCAUUACUUUCUGGUCAGCAGGUGUCGCCGCCAUCUCGCUGUGGUGGGGGAAAGAGGUGGGACUUCGAAAUGACAUUGUAGUGCCGUUGCUCUCCGUCGUCCUUACGUUUAGUAACUCCUCGGCGUACGAGCGAUAUUCUGCCGGUCGGAAAGAUUUUACGACACUCAUCUCAAAUGCUCGAAACCUCUCACGUCUGAUAUGGGUCUACGUCUGUCUCCCGACGAACCCCGACAUUCCAACUACCAUCACUCGGGCGCAACUGAACUCAGAAAAGAAGACUCUGAUCCGAUCUGUAGUAGCUUUCGUCGUAGCGACGAAGCACCAUCUCAGAGAUGAAGGAGGUGUCCAUCAUGAGGACCUGAGGGGCCUGCUUCCCCGCCGACUCUUUCCGCGUCAAAGCACGCCAUCUUUGCCUCCUCACGAUAUCGCCGACUCACCUGAAGCUGUGCAUACUGGGCUACCUGGGCAAUGUAUGGUUGACGAAGAGUCUGCCAUGGGGAUACAAGCGUCUCCCCUACAUCACAAGCUCUCCAGUCACUCCAUAGGUGCAAAAUCCACGACCUCAUCCCACCUCACAAUGGAGGACGACCAAGUCGGCCCAUUGGAGCCGCGUCGACCCAGAUUGGCCGUUCGUCGGAGACGUCCCAGUGCCGUCCGUGUCAUCUUUCCACAAGCAUCAGAUCCAAAGCCACAGCCACAAGUCGUCACGGAGCAAACGCCGUUGAUCAAGCCGGGAGUUCGGCCAACAUUGGCCAAGACAGAAUCAGACGUUCGAGUCAGGACCCAUUCGUAUAUCCGUGCUCAGGCCGGUAUGGGUAGAAUGAUUGAGCUGGGUCUUCCGUUGAUCAUCAGAGGUAUCUUUCGCUUCCGUCGACUCGGCUGUCUAGAGCACGUCGGACCAGCUGGCGUCAACUCCAUGCAAUCGCUAGUUCAAUCCAUGAUCGACCAGCUCGGAUCCAUGGAGCGCGUCGUUCAAACGCCAAUGCCCUAUAUCGUAGCUGUCCACAUGAAGCAAGCAACCAGUCUCUUGCUCUCCAUCCUGCCCUUCGUGCUGGUCGAUACUCUCAAGCUUAAGAUGGUACCCUUGAUGUUCUGCAUCGCCUUGAUCUACAUGGGCAUCGAAGGAAUCGCCGCGCAAGUGGAACAGCCUUUCGGAACCGAUCCGUGCGAUCUCAAUCUUGAUCUCUUCUGUACGGAGCUGUUGUGCGAGUGCGAGGCACUGCUUGAGAAUUUGCCCCAGGGCGACGAAGACGACCCGACCGGGAACUUCAGUGCCCUCGAUGGACCGCUUGACGUAGAUGACGAUGGCGGAGAUUAA